AUGCUUAGGAUCGCUGAGGACAACGAUCAGGUGGCUGAUGGGAUCCAGCCAACGCCGCCAACUGAUUUCAAGAGCUUACUUAAUUCUUACCGGACACCGGACAUUCUGUACUCGGGCUGUGCUAGAAGACUUGUGAUUGGACCAAAACUGUGGGUGAAGUUAACGAGUUUCAUAACUUCUGUCACGGGAGUAAAACUUACGAAAACCAACACACCAUGACCUACCCCAUCGUUUUAUAUAGUUGACUCGUAAUUACAGUGUGAAGGUAGCAUUUACAUGCAUGUAAUGCCAAGAACUGAAUUGUAAAUUGUUGUUAAAAUUCGUUUAGUUUCUGUUUAAUUUUUGUAUAUAAUGAACAGGGAUAAGCCAUUUUUCUAUAUAAUUAGAAUAAUAAUAAUAAUAUUAAAAAGGGGUAGACGUUAUAUGAACACCUUUUGUGGACUAAUUGUUCACCUUUGAAAAACAAAUUGGUUGGAAUGUUUCUAUUAAGAAAAAUGUUGCAGGUUAGUUAGGAUCUAAAAUUGUUUUUCCACUCCUAAACUACUGAAUAUUUGGUUCAUGUUGAAGUUAUACAAAAAAUUAUUGAUAUUAUGAAUCACAUUCACUCUGUUACGUUUGGUCUUUCUCUAUGACCAAUUCAUGUUACUUACCGAUUCAAUGUAUUUAUUACUUCUUUCAUGUCAGUGGCAAUGUGUUAGUGGAUAAGUUUCAUGUCUAUUUCUACUUACGUGUUCCUUACGCUUUUGCAAUGUCUGAAUCCACGACGUUCGUCGUUUAGUGGAAGAGACGGAGCACGGAAAAGUGACGUUCCAAUGGUGGUGUUAAUUGUGGAAGCGCAGACGAUUCUGGAUCGUGGAAUGUCGCUUGUAAGAGUAAUAAAGCAUCUCGGGUCUUCCGAACAGUAAAUGUGACGUACCAGAACGUCAAUCGAAGAGGACAGUCUGCUCUUUGGAAAUUAUCUGCAGAACUCUUGAGCAGCCUGCAGAAUUGCUUGUUGAAUCGAGAAGCGUAGGUGUUUACGAAGGAAGGGAAACCAAUUACCUAGUUUGUUUUACAGCUGCGUACAAAUAUUCUAAUAAAAGCAUAAGUUUGCCUAACAUAAUCUAUGUAUGAAAGUACUGUUGAUGCUAUUGCAAUACGUAAUGCCUAAGACUGUCAGUGGAAAAGUUCCAACUUCACUGUACUCUGCUUCUAAUCGAACUAUUAUGUUUCUCUUAGAACUCAUUUUUACAUCAGUACUUCUAUGUCUUCAUUUCAUUUGUUCUGCAUGCAUUUUGUGAGCCCGUCCACGAGCAAAGUUUCAUUUACUGAAUGGUGAAAAAUAUAACUGGUGUAUCAAAUCCAUAAAAUAAAACAGUGGUCUAAACAGGCAGAUAUACAUUUUGCAUGUAUCUGAAACUAUAUUAUUAAUAUUUAAAAAGAGAGAAGUUUAGCGG